AUGACCCAGCUUGGUAGACUAUCUUCUCAACCUGAAAGGACACUUGGAAGUGAGUAUCCGGAAAAAUACUACCCAGACUACUGCAGCAGGGAAGCCUUCAUAAUGUCCCAGGACGUGGCUCGGAUGGUGUAUGUGGUUGUGAACGAAGCGCCGAGUGUGGUGCCAGCUGAUGUAUUUGUAGGUGUUUGUGCUAAGUCCGCAGGCCUUGUGCCCAUCCACAGUUCAAGGUUUUCCGGGGGAAGACACAUCGUGUACAACAGAUGCUGCUACAAGUUCAUCUUCACAUCCUCGGAUGUUACAGACGCUGAAACCGUCCUGGCAUGGGAAGACAUGAAUGACGGGAAAGAGUGCUCACUGUUUGAGACCUACUACAGGCUCAUUUCCUGCAAACUGCUGACAUUCCUUCACGGCUUUAAGCGCGUUCACGUGGGGACCGCAAAUGACAAUGCCGUGUAUUUUGGUGAUUAG